UUGCCUGGAGACGGCGGAAACGUCUGUCUGGGAGCAGCAGCGAUGGAGAAAUACGAGAAAAUCAAAGUUGUUGGAAGAGGAGCUUUCGGGAUCGUUCACCUGUGCCGCAGGCGCAGCGACGGGGCCUUUGUGAUCCUGAAGGAGAUCCCAGUGGAGCAGAUGUCACGAGACGAACGUCUGGCAGCUCAGAAUGAGUGUCAAGUGCUGAAACUGCUCAACCACCCAAAUAUUAUUGAGUAUUAUGAGAACUUCCUGGAGGACAAGGCCCUUAUGAUAGCUAUGGAGUAUGCUCCAGGUGGGACUCUGGCUGAUUACAUACAGAAGCGUUGUAACUCUCUGCUGGACGAGGACACCAUCCUUCACUUCUUUGUUCAGAUCUUACUUGCCUUGUAUCAUGUCCACAACAAACUCAUCCUGCACAGGGACCUGAAAACACAGAAUAUUCUUCUUGACAAGCACCAGAUGAUCGUCAAAAUCGGUGACUUUGGCAUCUCCAAAAUCCUUGUCAGCAAGAGCAAAGCGUACACAGUAGUUGGGACCCCAUGCUACAUCUCCCCAGAGCUGUGUGAAGGAAAGCCGUAUAACCAGAAGAGUGACAUCUGGGCUCUGGGCUGUGUGCUCUAUGAGCUAGCAAGCCUUAAGAGAGCAUUCGAGGCCGCUAAUCUACCCGCCCUCGUUCUGAAGAUCAUGAGUGGUACAUUUGCCCCAAUUUCAGACCGCUAUAGCCCAGAACUCCGGCAGCUCAUCCUCAACAUGCUCAAUCUGGAUCCAUCCAAACGUCCUCAACUCAAUGAAAUAAUGGCUCUCCCCAUAUGCAUCAGGCCCCUGCUUAAUCUCUACACAGAUAUAGGCAAUGUCAAAAUGCGCAGGAUUGAGAAACCACUGUCUACUGUGCAAACCUGUCCUCAGGGUAGACCAGGAGGCAGAGUUCCUACCAACAGGUCCAGAGAUGGAUCAGUAGGUUUAGGAUCAGGGAAAGUUCACUCUCUCCCCCUGUCAUCCGUGUAUACGUGGGGAAGCGGCAUCUCAACGCCUCUCCGUUUGCCGAUGCUCAACACAGAGGUGCUUCAGGUGUCUCUGGGCCGCACUCAGAAGAUGGGUGUCACCAAAUCAGGCCGUCUGAUUACAUGGGAGGCUCCAUCAGUGGGAUCUGGUGAGGCCAGUCUGCCCGGUGUUGUGGAGCAGAUGCAGCCGCAGUUCAUUUCUCGCUUCCUAGAGGGCCAGUCUGGAGUCACCAUCAAGUCUGUGUCUUGUGGUGAUCUCUUCACCACCUGCAUGACAGACAGGGGCAUUAUCAUGACGUUUGGAAGUGGGAGCAAUGGCUGUUUGGGACACGGUAACUUCAAUGAUGUAACACAGCCCAAAAUAGUUGAGGCCCUCCUCGGUUAUGAGCUGGUUCAGGUGUCAUGUGGUGCUUCCCACGUUCUCGCUGUGACCAAUGAAAGAGAAGUAUUUGCCUGGGGAAGAGGAGACAAUGGUCGCCUCGGGCUAGGCACCCAAGACACCCACAACUCACCACAGCAGGUGUGUUUACCUGUGGAAUUUGAGGCCCAGAGGGUGGUGUGUGGCGUUGACUGCUCCAUGAUAAUCAGCACCCAGUACAGGAUUGUGGCAUGUGGAAGCAACAGGUUCAACAAGCUUGGCUUGGAUAAGAUAACAGCUGGAGAGGAACCUAAUCCCUCAAAUCAGGUGGAAGAAGUUCAUUCUUACUCUCCCAUCCAAUCAGCCCCACUCAACAGUGAGAAGAUAGUUUAUAUUGACAUUGGAACGGCCCACUCUGUUGCUGUCACAGAAAGGGGCCAGUGUUUCACCUUUGGCAGUAACCAGCAUGGCCAGAUGGGCUGCAGUUCCCGUCGUAGCAGCCGAGUUCCCUACCUGAUACCCAGCCUACAGGGUAUCACCAUGGCUGCCUGUGGAGAUGCUUUCACCUUAGCUAUUGGAUCUGAAGGGGAGGUGUACACCUGGGGAAAGGGUGCCCGCGGCCGCCUUGGCAGAAAAGAGGAGGAUUCUGGGAUACCAAAGGCGGUGCAGCUCGACGAGAGUCACCCGUUCACAGUGACAUCAGUGGCUUGUUGUCAUGGCAACACUCUGCUGGCAGUGAAACCUUUGCUUGAGGAACCUGUGCCGAAAUGACUUUGUCCUGAAAAUGAACCCACACCCGCUCAGCGGUCAUCAUGAAGCCCGGUGGUGGCGUGAGGUGAAGAACAGCUUCCUCUGAAUAACUCCUCCCGGAGGCCCAUCUGCGCCGCAGUUGAAAGAUUUCUUUUCAUACUGCAGCUGUGGCCUCAGAUUUUCACUCGGUCAUUCUUCUCUAUCUGUUUUUUUUUUUUUUUUUUUUUUUUCCAGGAAUGAAUGUUUGUUUCAUUCUGUUGCUUGAUAUCAUGGAGCAAAGCACAGAAAAGGUCAGAACCUGACUGUUGCAGCAGGUGUGUCUCACAACAGGUUGGUAAAAGUGGAUGUUGUAACACUGUUACUGAGGCUGGAUUGCAGGUAGUCAUUAGGCAGCGUUCAUGUGGUGAACUAUUGUCCUCUCUCACGUGCAGGAUAAGCAUGAUAAACCAUGAAAGGCCAGUAAAGGACAAACUGGUUUGAGCUCUCUUCAGCAACUUGUGAAUGUGAUGAUACAAAGCACAGAAACGAAAAGAAUGAAGCCACUUUAGAGUUCAUCAGUCAAAUGAACCAAACACAUUCAUCUUGAUCACAUUGUCAGUGGUCACAUUGUGCUUUAUUGGAUUAGUCCUCCAACACAUUUGUAUCUCAACAGCAGUGUUCAGACCAGAUAACGAUGUGUUGUUUCAGGAACCAAGACUUUGAGAUUUUCUGGUGUUAAAGAGACGUGAGUCCAAAGUCACUCCCUUCUCAACUCACUCUGUAGUGAGUAAAAGCUCUUAUAGUGGGUAAAUCUCACACUUGGACACUUUGGACACACACACAGAAAAUAAUGGACAGUAAAUAUAGUGCACUAUAUAGUAAAUAGGGAGUGAUUUUUUUAAUGAAAUGGUAUAUAUAAUUGUGUAAACUGUGAUUAUAGGGUGAUUAAAAACUGCUGGAAAAAAAACUGCCAAAGCCAGAGCCUGGAGGAAGUACUCAGAUCUUUUACUUAAACAAAAGUAGCAAUACUGUAGUGUAGAAAUACUCUGUUAAAAGUAAAAGUACAAAACUAUUAGCUACAAGAUAAGUAAGAUUACUUUGCAGAAUGGCCCUUUAAUUAUAAUUAUUGAUGCAUGUAUAUAAUUGUCACUAAUGCUUGCAGCUGGUAAAGUUGAGGUAAAUUUGAAGUACUUUAUAUACUUCUGGGUAAGUUAACCUAUAAUAAUACAUCUUAAUUUAUUAGUUAAUUAUACUUUUUAAUCAAUAAUCUGAAUCUGCAAAGUAAGCUGAUCAAAUGAAAGCAGUAUGUAGUGAAGUGUAAGAAUAAAGUACCAUCAAAUUUCUGUUUACAUUUUCUUCAGUGUUGUUAUCAGUCAUUACAAUAUUUUCUAGUCUUAAAGCUUUUAAAAAACACAGGGGAAAAGUUUUCUCUGGUUGCUGGACAUCUGAAAUCAAAUUAAACAAUUUGAACAACAUGGAAGAUGCAGCCUGAGAAAGAACCCUGUGGUAAAUUUUGUCUAUAUGAUAUGAAUGUGUCUUAGUGUAAGUUAGAUCGGAGGACGGUUUCACUGUGGAUAAGCCAUAAACUGAGGUCUUCAGAAA